AUGGCUCGCUUCACAUCUCUUGUGCUCCUUGGAGCUGCGGCUGUCUCUGCCUCUCCUCUUGCUGCUCGCCAGGCUACCACCGUCACCGUCACUGCAACCGCUGAAGCGGCUCCCACUUCCACUGCUUGGGACGCCGGUGCCGUUCAUCAAUAUCCCAUCCACGCUUCCUGUAACGCUACUCAGCACCAGUACAUCAGGAACGGUCUCGAGGAGACUCUCACCAUCUGCCGUCAGGCCCGCGACCACAUCCUCCGCUGGGGUAACUCUUCGGAGAUCUACCGGAAGUACUUUGGCAACGCUCCCACGGGCGAGCCUAUCGGCUGGUUCACCAAGAUCGUCGAUGGUGACAAGGCUGAUGUCCUCUUCCGCUGCGACGACCCUGAUAGCAACUGCCGUACUCAGAAGAACUGGGCAGGCCACUGGCGCGGCUCCAACGCAAGCUCUGAGACCGUGGUCUGCGACCGCUCCUACGAGCUCCGCCGUCCUCUGGAGGGCAUGUGCAUGUUCGGCUAUGACGUUGCCAACGGUGCUACCAACUUCUACUGGGCAUCUGACCUCCUGCACCGUCUCCUCCAUAUCCCCAAGGUCGGCGAGGGCAUCGUCGAGCACUACGGCGGCGCAGACGAGUACCCCGGUGUCCUCACCCUCGCUGAGUCCAGCCCUGAGGAGGCCGUCCGCAACUCCGAUACCCUCCAGUACUUUGCUCUUGAGGUUUACGCACACGACAUUGCUGUCCCUGGUGUUGGAUGCCCUGGCCAUUACCGCGAGGUGUCCUCCGCUGCUCACGCCGCACCUACUUCCUCCGCCAGCGCCGCUGCCAGCUCUGUCGCCGCUUCUGCCACUGCCGUUGCCAGCUCUGCUUCCCGCGCUGCUUCCUCUGCUGCUGCUAGCGCUACUGCCGCUGCUACUUCUGCGGCCGCUCAGGCUUGCACGCCUCACGACGACCACUGG